AUGGAAAAAGAAAUUAGUAAAAUUAGAAAAAAGAAAUUAGUAAAAUUAGAAAAAAAUAUUAAUAGGAAAUCAGGUAUUGAUUUUAAAGAAAGUGAUGUAGUUUUAAGAAGAAACUUUUUAAGAGAUAAAUUAGAUAAAAAAUGGAUUGGACCUUAUUUAAUUGUUAGACAAUUUAAUAAUGGAACAUAUCUUAUUAAGUCUAUUGAAGAUGGUCAAGAAACCAUGAUUCAUAGAAACGAUCAAGUUAAGCUGGAAAAUUCUGAAGAAGAAACUGGUUCCAAAUUUGAGUGGAACCUGACCAGAGAAGGGGGAGUGUUACCUAAAGGAAUGCUUCAGUUUAAAAUUAAUAACGGUAAAACUUUUAAUUAA